AUGAGAUCAGCCCUUACCGCAAUACGAAGGGGUAGAUGUUCUCAAAGAGUAACUGCGAUGAGGUUCAAAAUUCCACGAAGAACACUGAGGGACCAUUUAAAAUCUAGAACCCAUGUUAAAAAAAUUGGUAGGAAAUCAAUACUAAGUAAACACCAAGAACAAGAUCUUGUGAAAAGAAUUGUACGAUUGGCUGAAAUAGGGGUACCACUAACAAUGAAGCUGUUAAGACACAAUGUAUUUAGGUUCUGCAAGAUAAAUAAAAUCAAAAAUAAUUCCAAUGAAGAAAAAUGCAUGACAGGUAGAGAUUGGAUGCGAAUGUUUUUAAAUAGAAAUCCCGAAAUCUCAAAGCGUAAGGCACAGUUCAUGAAUCAAGCUAGGGCUCAAAAACUUAAUAAAUUUAUAGUGGACGACCAUUUUAAAAAACUUGGUAAGCUCUUAGAUAAUUUGGAACUAAAGCAAAAUCCUGCCAAAAUUUUUGAUAUGGACGAAAAAGAUUGCCCGCCGACUUUACAUCACCAGCCGGCAGUGCUUGUAAAGAAGGGUUCACAAAGAGUUCAUUUCAUCGCAAAUGAACAUGCCGAAAGUGUUACUAUAGUUGGUUGUGUAUCAGCUAUACCCCCGAUGAUUAUUUUUAAAGGUAAAAGGUUAAAAUCAGAAUUGACAAACAACUUGCACCGGGAAGUAUUGUUAGAAUGGUACCAAAAGGAUUUAUGA